AUGGGUAUUUGUACUGGCCGCCUUCAGGGAGGAGGAGUAGGCUCCUGCCAAAAGAAGGAGCUGAAGGAGGGCAUUCGGGGCAGAGGACACAGCGAGGACAAGCGCCCUGGCAGGGAAGCACAUGACGAGUGCUUUCAGAAAUGGCGAGUGGCUCAUAUGUUUGUCAAAGAAGAAGAACAGGGAAGUACAGAAAUGAUGCAGCAGGAGAGCGCUCCAAUUCCUGCUCUUUCAAAGGAAACUGAACAGGCUAAAGAAUGCUUUUUGAUACCACCAAAAGAAACAAAAGUGGAAGCCACAAAGACCAAGAAGAGGAAAAAGAAGAAAAUUACUGACAUACUAGCAAAAUCAGAACCCAAGCCAGGAACACCCGAAGACCUGCAGAAGCUGAUGAAAGACUAUUAUAGCCGUAAUCGCUCAGUGAUUGAAUUAGAAGAACUGAACCUACCAGACUCCUGUUUCCUCAAACCCAAUGACUUAACUCACAGUCUUUCAUCUUACCUAAAAGAAAUAUGUCCUAAGUGGGUGAAACUGCGGAAAAACCACAGUGAGAAGAAAUCAGUCCUGAUGCUAAUUAUCUGCAGCUCUGCCGUCCGAGCCCUGGAGCUCAUUAGGUCGAUGACAGCGUUCAAAGGAGAAAGCAAAGUUAUGAAAUUAUUUGCAAAACACAUAAAGAUCCAGGAGCAAGUAAAGUUGCUGGAAAAGCGGGUGGUGCAUCUGGGUGUAGGAACUCCAGGAAGGAUUAAAGAACUUAUUAAACAAGGUGGCCUUGAUUUGAACCCCUUAAAGUUUCUGGUUUUUGACUGGAACUGGAGAGAUCAGAAGUUGAGGAGACUGAUGGACAUUCCCGAGAUAAGAAAGGAGAUUUUUGAACUUCUGGAAAUGGGAGUACUUAGUCUGUGCAAAUCAGAAUCUUUGAAGCUGGGCCUUUUCUAA